AUGGAAACAUUUGAUCCGCAUUUUGCAUCACAAACAGAUAACCACUCUAGUGGUAGUACAGCACAGCCGGAGGUGCAGGAUUCCAAUGGCAAUGGCAGCUUGUCGAGCUCAACUUCACAUUCCGCAGCGGCCUUGGAAAGCGGCGAACAGGCGGAAAAACAUGAGGAGGCCGAGGAUUCUCACAACGAGACCAACCCAGCUUCAACCGGUGCUAGAGAUUCUAAACCCCGCUCCAAGCGUACAAGGGCCACUGGUGAAGCCUUGAACGUUUUGAAACGCGAAUUCGAUGAGAACCCAAAUCCGAAUGCUCAAAAUAGGAAAAGAAUCUCAGAACUGACGGGAUUACCUGAGAAAAAUGUCCGUAUAUGGUUCCAAAACAGACGUGCCAAAUACAGGAAGUCUGAUAAGCAGACUGCUAGGCCCUCGGCCACCAAUAUGGGAGCUGCGGGAGACAUGAGCCCUGCGGUCGAUUUCGACCGAGUUCCCAUUGGGGCUAACCACAAUUACUGCUUUGUCGAUGCAAACUCACUUGUAGUCGGGUCUUGGAAAAGGCUGAAAAGUGGGAAUUUGAAAGAAGAAGGUCUUCAAUGCAUUAAGCAACUAUCAAACCUAUCACCUAUGUCUAUCAAUGAAAUUAUGGCCGAUGCCACAGAUUUGAUAGUUAUCAUCUCGAAAAAAAACCUUGAAAUCAAUUAUUUCUUUAGUGCCAUUGCCAACAACACCAAGAUUCUUUUCAGGAUAUUUUUCCCAAUAGCGACUGUCAUCGACUGUUCUAUAAGUUAUGAAACAGAAUCAUUGUCUCACGACGGACAAGAUGAGUCUGAGGAAAAAAAUGAUCUACAAAGGCACAGCGAGCUCAAAUUGAACUUAUCAAAGCCUCCGAAAUUCGCCGUAUAUUUCUCAGAUGCUUCAGACCAGCUAUCUUCAAAUCAAUGGUCUAUAUGCGAUGACUUUUCUGAAGGUACUCAGGUGAGUCAGGCAUUUUUGGGUGGAUCCAAUAUUCCGCAUAUUUUGUCAGGAAUGGAAGAUUCUCUCAAAUACCUGACAUCUUUAAUACACGAUUAUAACAGCGUGGAGCAAGACACCACGAACCCUAAUAAAAACAGCGAAAAUCAAAUGGUGGAUAUGCACGGUACUGAACAAACCAUGCUACUGCACCCAGAACCGCAAGCAUUAAUUGAUUCUCGCGAGGAAAACUUCUUUGACGAUUAUCAGAGGCAUAACGAAUUUUACGGAUUGAAAGAUCAUGACCCUGUAACGAACAGUCAGCCUGGUUUCAAUUCCACCACGAUGAAUGAAACGAACUCCUUUCACCCUCAACAAAAUGGGUCCGAGGGCAACGACCACCUGGUACCGCCUCAUUAUCAAGAGCAAGGGCUACCCAAAACGCCUGACUUUUUCAAGCAUGCUAGUGAUCUGAAUAAUGAUGAACAGGGAGGUCUCAACAAUUUACUUAUCUUUGACGAUCAAGGAAAUUCGGCCCCGGCAAAUGGUCAAAACUUUUUCUAA